AGAGAAAGGCGAGGGCGGCCCGAGCAACCGUCAACAAGCUGCGCUGCUCUAGUGUUGUUGCAGAGAGGGAGGGAAGAUCGGUUGCGGAGCCGAAAAGAGAGGGACUGCAGCACAGCUGUGUCCGAUAAUCGCUCGCUUCUCGCGCGUGUGUAUGUGUGUGUGUGUGUGUCUGUAAGUGCUCCGUUGUCCGUACCUGACCUGUGGACUUUGCGUGCUCUCGAAUCGCGCGCAGCGACUCGGCGAGUUACGGUUGUUUCGCGCGACGACGUCGACGGAGGAGCACACGCAGCGAAGCAUUUCGGAUCCAUCUCCCUCCGCGGGACAACGCACGCGCGUUGAUUGAUAUCGACUCUCUGCUGCUCCGCUGCAGCUCCGAGUAGUCCGAGUCCAUCGGCCGCCGUUGCGCUCCUGUGGCUCCCGUGUCUGCUCCAGUGUGUGUGCGCGAGUGCUUUCUUUGCGGCUGCGAUUACUUACUCUGCUCGGCUGUGUGCAGCGUCCUCCCAGGACCCAGACGACGAGGCCGCAGGCCUGAAGACUGCUCGCGUCCUCCGCGAACCCGCACAGUGUUGCUGCAGCUCCUCCAGCUUGAUAGCUAUAGCCAUACGCGCGUAUUCUGGGGCUGUGUGCGCGAGAGCUAUAUGUAUGCGAGAGCGAGACAGAUAUAGAGAAGAAAGUGUGAAUAACCUUUGGCCGCGCUGUUGUUGUUGUUGUUGUUGUUGUUGUUGUUGUUUGUGUGUUUUCAACGCGUUGCUCAUGCGUCUACUCAGCUUGUCAGUGUAAAAGCAAGAGCAAAAAGUAGAAGAAUUAAGAGGCUGAUAGAAGGUACGUCGCCGUGCGGAGCGGAGGGUGUCGUCCUCUGGACGUCCCGAUAGGCCGCGGAUACGUUGCUGCAUUGCGAAGGAUCACUCGCAGCGCGCCCGCCGCUUACGACCAUAUACACGCGGGGAAUUCGCGUUUAUAUGCCGCCACUGCAAACACAACUUUUUUUCGCACGAGGACUCUCCCUUUCGUCCAGCGACAUAUCAGCGCGGACGAGCGAUUAAUCGGCGGGGCUGGAAUCGCGGUCUGUCGGAAAAGCCGAGCCCAGCAGCCGAAAAAGAUAAGCAGCCGAAAAGCCUGCAGCAGCGGCGGCGGCGAGGAAGAGAGACGGCGCCGCGAGUGUGCGCAAACGCGGCGGGGCGGCGAGAGGGGAGAGGGAGAGCCUGCGCCGCCGGCGACGCAACCGGCGAGCGAGUCAGUCUGGCGCUGAUCGUCCGCGAGGCGCGAUCUCCGAGUGUCGUUUAGCUGGGUGUCUCUUGCAGGCCGAGGAGUGCAGUGUGUGCCCGCGAACCGCACAUUUGGCGCAGCGCCGUCGCCGCGUCGGGAGUGCGCGCGCCCCCGCACAUGUGUCCGCUGCAGAGUCGAGGAAUCCGAGUGCGGUGCGCUAGACCAGCCAGCGAGGAGCACAACGAGCAUUAGCCCGGCUGCGCGCGAGGAGCCGAUAUGCGCCGGAGGACGAUCUGCAAAGAAGCAGCAGCAGCAGCAGCAGCAGCAGCAGCAGCAGUGCGGCUGGAAGCCGGCUCCCGCGGCACCGACCUCCUGCCUCGAGACAGCAACGCCGGCGAGGACGCCCUCGAGCUCCGCUUCUUCGCCAAGUGAUACACGCCCUGCAGCAGUGCGCGCCUCAGCCGAACACCGCCGGCCCGUGUUACACCCACCCCCGUUGUUCUUUCGUCGCCUUCUUCUUCUUCUCCUCCUCCUUCUUCUUCUGUUGUCCCCCGGUCUCGGUCGAUGCUCAUGCUUGUGACUUGUGCGUGCGACGACUGCAGUUGAGUUCUCCGCGCUUCUGGCCUCUCGCGACUCGCUCCUCGUCGACCGCGAGCAGUGCGAGUGAUCGUCCCCCGAGAGCAGCGCCGUCGCCGUCCUCCUCAUCGCCACCAUGGGACAGCCGAGCGCGACGCUGGCCUGCUGGAUGCUGCUCGUCAGCCUGGGCCUAGGCCUGGCCGCCUGGCAGGAGAACGUCAGGCCCAAGAUGUACGUCCAAUUAGGUGCGGAAGAUGUAUUCAGGUUCACCGGCAACGAGACCCACACAGACUACUUUCGGCUUAUGCUCAGAGACGGCAGCUAUCUACUCGUCGGCGGAAGGAACCUGGUGCACAACCUCAGUUUGACCGACCUGACGGAGCAGCAGCGUCUGACGUGGUAUUCGCCGGACAUGGACGUGAAGAUGUGCCAGAUGAAGGGCAAGGACGACGAGGACUGUCAGAACUACAUCCGCAUCCUGGCCAAGAGUGGCAGCAACAGCCUCCUCGUCUGCGGCACCAACGCGUUCAAGCCCAUGUGCCGCAACUACGACGUGCAUCCCGGCAACUACAGCAUGACCAGCGAGAAGUUGGCCAAGGCCCUGUGCCCCUACGACCCGCAGCACAACAGCACCUACGUUUAUGUGGACGGCGAGCUCUUCACGGGGACCGUCGCCGACUUCACCGGAAUGGACCCGAUAAUUUACAGGGAGCCGCUGCAGACCGAGCAGUACGACUCCAUGAGUCUGAACGCACCAAAUUUCGUGAGCUCCAUGACGCAGGGUGACUUCGUGUACUUCUUCUUCAGGGAAACGGCCGUCGAGUACAUCAACUGCGGCAAGGCGGUCUACUCGCGAGUGGCGAGAGUCUGCAAAUACGACCGAGGCGGGCCGCACCGUUUUCGCAAUAGGUGGACGUCUUUCCUUAAGUCUCGCCUCAACUGCUCCGUGACCGGAGACUUUCCAUUUUACUUCAAUGAAAUACAAUCCACGACGGAGCUGAUAUCGGGCGUCUACGGCGGCGUCUCGGCCCAGUUGAUCUACGGCACAUUCACCACGCCGGUGAACAGUAUCAGCGGCUCGGCCGUCUGCGCGUUCUCGCUCCAAGACAUCGCCGACACGUUCGAGGGCAACUUCAAGGAACAAAGCGCCUUGAACUCCAAUUGGCUGCCGGUGCAGAGCUCCAAGGUGCCCGACCCCAGACCUGGACAGUGCGCCAACGACUCGAGGACCCUGCCGGACUUGACGCUGAAUUUCAUCAAGAGCCAUUCGCUCAUGGACGAGUCGGUCAGGAGCUUCUUCGGGCAGCCCAUUGUCAUACGCACCAGUUUCCACUAUAGAUUCACGCAGAUCACGGUAGACCCGCAAGUGAAGACGCCGGGGGGCAAGACCUACGACGUGCUGUUCAUCGGCACGGAUAACGGAAAGGUAAUCAAAGCGGUCAACGCCGAGUCCGCCGACUCGAAGGACAAGGUCAGCCCGGUGGUGAUCGAGGAGAUACAGGCGUUCCCUGCGACGGUGCCGGUGCGUGGCAUCAAGGUUGUCAGGGCGACGCAGGCCGGCGACGGCCUCGAGGACGGUCGGCUCGUCGUCAUCGCCGACAGCCAAGUUCAAGCCCUCAGGCUACACCGUUGCUACAGCGACAGAAUACUCUCCUGCGGCGAGUGCGUGGCGUUGCAGGAUCCGUAUUGCGCUUGGGACCGCGUGGACGGUAAGUGUCGUGCGCUGGUGGGCCCAGUUGCGACGGACGCGAGCCGUUUCCUGCAAAGCGUUGCCACGGGGCUUCACGCCUCUUGUCCGCCCGGCAAAAGCAUGAACAAAGACGCCGGUAGCGUCGGUGCCAUAUCGGCUAACCAGAACAAGUUCCCCCAGGACUCGAUGGCCUCGAACAAGGAAGGCCAAGGUGGCGAGAUCAUCAAUAUUAUGCAAGAUGAGGAGCAGAGCAAUUCCGGUCCAGAAGUUUCGGCGGCUGAUUCGCCCCCACCGCAGUACUCCGUUGAGACGCUGGUGAUGGCAGUUGUGGCAGGCGCCUUGGCAGCGCUUCUCGUUGGCUUCACUGCCGGUUACUUAUGCGGCAGAAAGUGCAGAAAAGAUGAAGACGACAACAUGCCCUAUCCCGAUACGGAGUACGAGUACUUCGAACAGAGGCAGAACGUCAACAGUCGCCUCGCACCGGAGCCCAAGCUCCUGCCCCAAGAAGAAGUGACGUACGCGGAACCAGUCCUGGUACCCCAGCCGCCAAAGAUGCACUCGCCCAAGGGCACGAUGCGCAAGCCUCCGCCAACUCCGGCCGAGACGCUGUUCCAGUUCCCGGACGGCUACGGCUACAGAGGCCCGACCGGUCGGGCCGACAACUUCGGCACGCUGCGCUCGCACCAGGGCGACCAGGCCUACCGGCGCCAGGAUGGCUUCGCCACGACGCGCAGCGUCAAGAAGGUUUAUCUCUGAGAAACGAGCGAGGAGGGGGGAUGUAAUGCAGCAGCUGCGGCAGCCGCAGCGGCGGCUCAGGCUGCGGCCGCUCAGGGCCGCCAUCGCAGUCUGGGCAGGCCCGCGCGCAGCCAACACCGCCAGCAGCAGCAACAGGCGCAGUCGGGCUCGAGAAAUAACGGCGGAAAUAACAGUAACGGCAGCUCGUCCCACAGGUCGGGCAGUCAUCAUCAUGGCCAUCACCAGGGUCACUCGACUCGUGAUUUAGCACUAGGUGGCCGUGGAAUCGAAUCGCCGUCACCGCCGUCAAGCAUGUCUUCGAGCUCACCGUCGCCGCCCUCCUCCUCGCCGUCACCCACCCUCGUGCCACUGGGUGGCAAUGGCAGUCAACCCGGCCAGGGUAGCAAUAACAUAAUCCAGGGCAACAAUUCGCCGCCUCCGCCCACGCCGCCCUGCAGCUUCAUCUAUCGGUCAUAGUGCCAGCAGGACAACUAUGACGACGAAGCAGCAGCUCCGGAUGCGUCCGAGCCGGGGAUGAUCGAUCAUUAUUGCCGCGACGAGUGUCCCUCGUACGCGUUCGCUGACACUACUACUACUAAUACUAAUAAUAAUAAUCACAUCGCGCAUCGCUGUAUGAGCCGCGGUUGACUUAAUCACUUGUUUUCGUUUUGUCCAUGCGCUGAGCCGGGUGUUUGGUCGAAUUGCGCGCUCAUUCAUCAUCCGGAUGGACAGACGCACAUUAGUGCGAUUAUUAGUCUGGAGAUAUUUUUUAAAAAGGAAUUGCGAUUUCAUCACUCAAUUUUCGCGUUAACGUACCUAUUAACUUUCAAAGUUUUGUAAAUAUAACAAAUACUCUUUCUUCGUGAAUUCCUGCAUUUUUGAAGAAAUAUUGCUUUCAUCGUUCGACCAAACGCCGACUCAACUUUUAAUCGCGUAUAUGGAAAUAUACGCGCUUUAUGUUUGUAUCUCUCUUGGAUGUGCUCUUAUCGACGAUGGAAAAGUCAUUUGUUAUCGACAAAAUUUUAGAUGUGGAGUAUUUAGGCCUUUCUGCUAGAAAUGAAAAAAUUUGUUUUUUACUCAUACGAAACUUGUAAAUUAUAAUGAACUUCUUUCGUCGAUAAGCCGAUUUUAAAUAUCAUCAACAAGCUAUGCAUCGAUAAAUGAAAGUCAUGGGAUUUUUGAUUCGUACUGCAAUUUGUAACGAUGAAAACAAAUUUAGUACUGUUGAAGUCUUUAAGAAAUUGACUUUUGCAUUCGAUCGAUCAUAAGCUGAUAUUACUGCCACAUUGAGAGUUUUAACCGAUGCUCCGUUACGAAGAUCGUAAGGGUCGUGUUUGAUCAUUUAUGAUGUACAUUUUUUUAUGCCGGUGAUUUAUCUAAUUUAUACCGUAGCUUCGAGUUUAAGAAUACAAAAGCAAUUAGCGAAAGUAUUUAGUAACUGAUAACUGCCAAACAUGCAUAAUCACGAUAGGUUUUUUUUUGUAAUUAUACGUUAUGAAUGAUUGAGCAAUGAUCCAUUGCAUAAACCGUUUCUCGCAAUACCGUGAUCUUAAACUUGGAGCUUCAAUUUAUUACCCCUUUUCUUAAUUUUGAACUUCCUCUUCGUUUUAAUAAGUGCGUAUUGUUGAUAGCGAUGUGCAAUUUAUAAUAGGUUCCAAAACUAAGAUUAUUGAGAAUCUUUAUUGCUCCGCACGAGCUCGAGAUAAGUACAUAUUAUUAAUCGCAUUCGCUGCGUUCGGUCGCUUCGAGAGCGUGACUUCGACACUUCAAAAAAAUUGUAUAAUAUGAAAAAUUGUACAUUAACGCUUAAGAAUUAAUUCCUUGUAUCUUAGAUUACCUAUAUAAAUAUAAAUAUAUAAAUAUAUAUAUGAAUGACUUGAAGUGUCUGGAGACUCUCUCGAGGGCGACGUGUUUUCUUUACGAACGACAGCGGAUAGAUCCCGAGAAUAAUAAAAGUGAAAAAGUAGCCCAGAUGCGGCCUUUUUUAUCUUCGACUGCCAAGUUUACGCGUGCGAAUGCGGUGCAAUAAACCUUCUCUUUUUGCGAAUCUCCUUGUUGGGGAGCAGAUAAAGAAGCGCAAGCCUUCGCUGACAAAACAAAAGAAACAGAUAGAGAAAGAAAGGUGGAAAGAUGGAGGAAGAGGACGAAGGAGCUCACGAAAGCAGGCCAUCGUCAUUUUACGACACCUCCGCGCCCUUAGUAUGUAAUUUUUAGCGGAAGUUUGUUGAAGGACGCAAAAAAGUGAGCAGAGUGACAGAUAUAGCCAUGCUAAGUAAUUGAUCGAUUGAUUAUAAAAUUAGGCUUAAUAUAAAAACAGUUAUGUAUUGAUAAGAAUUAAGUGAAUGCAAAAGUAAACAGUAAUCUCCACUUUUUUAUUAUUAUUAUUAUCGCCUAGUUAUGCCGCGACUUGACAUGUCAAUUAACGCUGAAAAUCGACGUCGCGAAAAAAAAUUUUUACUAACGGCGACAAAUAUUUUUCUGAGCCGAGUACGACUCUUGAGUCGCUCCUGCUUUGCAUGAAAAAAAGGAGAAAUCGCACGAAUGGAAAAGCCGUUUAGUCGAGAGAUUUAUUUUCUUUGUACUUGCGAUGAGUUUCGAUGGAUUUCGCUUCGACAUGUCAAGAUGUGUCGACAGAUUUUUAAAGCCAAAGUGUGUUAAUGACAUAAACUAUAUUCCGAUAAGUCCGGGGACUUGCGUAUUUAUAUUUGCGUUGAAUAAUAUUAUUUUGUUGUAUUAAUUUUAAUAAUCUUUCAUUCUGAAAACCAACUGAUGCGUUUAUUAUUGUGAAUUAAGUUUAUUGAUCUACAAGGUCUCAUUGUCGGUGUGCAAUCGUUCGUAAUACUGAUAAAACGUAAAGCGCUUUCUUGAAAUAUGGGCUAAACAUCUUGACAUUCGCAUGAUUCGUAGAUUUGUGUUGUAUAAAAACGUGGAGAUUGCCCACGUUUUAUGGUUUAUUUAUUUCAUCUAAGCUAUUAGGCUUGCUUAGAGCAUGAUGACUAAGUGAAAGAAUGAAAAACUCGAGCGAUAGGCCGAAAGUGGUCCGAUAAGAAAUAAGUAAAAACUGAAAUUCCAUAUAAUAAACUUUGAAACAUCCAUUGACUUGUUAUCGAAAUAUCCAAAGGUUGAUACUUAGUUUUUGUACGUUUCGGAAACGCGCGUUUCGAACACUCGCAUAUAUACGUAAAUAGUUGAAGGAGCGAGUGCAAGAGAAAGAAUGAGAGUGUUCGUCUUAAGAUUUUUUGAGAUCAGAGCAAGUGAGGCUUGAUAUGUACAUAAUAAUUACACAUAUAUUAUUAUAAAAAAACCUUAUACUACAUCAGUUACGAGUUAUACGAGAGUGAGGGAAAUGAUAAAGAAAAACGAGUAAGAAAAAACGAAAAAUUAGUCCAUCUAUUCUGGGCCGGAUGGUGCAUGUAGACAUCUAUCUUAAAGUGCUUCUUAUUUCAGUGUGUUUAGAAGUAACGCAUAUGUGAUAUAUUCUAUAUGACGAGAUGUUUUUCUAGGCGAACGGAAGAAAAGUUUGUGGAAGAGGAUGAUGUGACGGAUUUUUCUUUUAAAAAAUCUUACUGACGCUCUCUUUGGGUAAUUUUUCUUGGGACAAAAUUUUUCUUAUAAUAAAUCUACAUUGAUUGCAACAGUUUAUGGGACGUUUACAAUAAAAGGAAAGUAAUACGCAUUUCAAGCUCUUCUGUUUACGGCUCGUAUUUUUUAAAAAUAAAUAUUAACGAUUAUCAUAAUAUGAGAUCACCUUGUAAUAUUAGCAUAAAAAUGCGUUAAUGCAUUUGAAUUUCAAACGUAGAUGUUUAACGAAAGAUCAGGAAUGAUUCGAUUUGAAAACAGUAGAGCUUGAGUACGUCUAACACGAAUAAAUAUCUAAAACACCACACAGUAACACACGCAUCUCUUAUACAACUGCAAAUUUGCAGUUAUAGAGUUGUUGCGAAAUGCAUGCAUCGGCUACGCUCGUCCGCAACAACGAUUUAAAUAGAACAAACAAAAAAUAAAUGAUAAAUAUAAGACUGAACGAACCAUUAGCUGCGGAUGAGCCUUGAGUAAAAUUUUAUUCAAGUUUUUUUUUCUGUAGAACAAAGCAUUUUUUAUUUAUUUAUUUUUUUGACGGACAGUACAAACUUUUCAUGACAUUACUUUCUGAAUUUCGAGACUGCGAGACUGCGCGAAGAAACUUUUUUCUUUUAAUUUUAACUCAAUUCUGUAGUCAGAACCUCGUUUAUCUGUAUGUUUGUAAUUUUUUUGUUUGUAUUUGUAGACUUGUACGUAAGUAAUUUUAAGUUAUAAUUUGUUGAUAAGCAAACCUUACCAUAUAUUAUUUAAACGAAAUAUGUAUAUUUAAAGAUAGAUUUCUAUUAUUUUCUUUUAUUUUGACGAUAAAAAUGUAACAAUGAAUUUUUGAUGGUCACAAGUUGUUUUUUAUUUUUCCUUCGCGUGGACGAGCCCCAGAUAUGCGCACCUAUGGCGACUUUUGUGUCGCGUGAUUUUUAAAAUAAAAAAAUAUCAAGAGACUGGUAGAAUUCAAGACGAGUGCAUUUGAGCCACUCCUCUAAAAAAAAUAUCACAUUUUUGUUAUUAUACAAUAUCAAUCGUAUAUCAAAAAAACAUAAGCGAAUGAUUUUUUGAAGAAUUUGACUUUUUACAGACAUUUAUAAUUACUCCAAACAUUUAAACUUGAAAUUAUAAUGCCGAAAUCGUAACACUGCUUAAGACUUCGCUUUUUGCUAGGUAAAGUCCAAUACCAUACGAAUGAGUCCACCUGAGUCUUUCGGUAGAGACUUUAUUUAUCGAAGAAGGAUGUUCAUUGUACAGAGACAGAGACCUUUUAAGUCAAACUGUUAGAAUCGUAAGAGUUGAUGAGAUUUCAAAUAUUCUAUUUGUCAUUGUGCUGUUGUUUGAAAUUUACGAUAUUUGAAAAUCGGCGUGUUUGUAGAUGUAAAAUAAGUGAAGAAUACGAGAGAACGGACUAUAGUAAUGAAAUACGAACAUACGAAAAAACUGAAGCUGCCAUUUCUCCCAAAAAUUAACUUGCGCAUUUAAAAAAAGUCUUCUUGUAUUUGUUUCGGAUUAUUUCCUACUUCUCAUUUAAUAUUUGAUGAAUAAACGAAGGACUCAGGCAUGAUACCAAAGAUGUUACAACUAUAUACUUAGGCUAUCGUUGAUUAUUGUGAUGAUUAUCGUUACAGAGAGAAGGCGCACAAAAAUUACAGUGAUUAAUUUACCGUAUUUAUAAUAUGUAUAUACAUUGGCAUAAAGUAGCGAUGAGCAGAUUUUGUCUCUUGAAAACCCUUUAAAUUUCCAUUACGCAAUGCAAACUUGAAGUAACAAAAUGACCGAUAAAACAUUUUUAAUUCAGUUUGAUUUUCAUCGUCACCUCAUUAGGAUUUCCGUUUUCAUGCUCGAACAAAUGAAUGAAAAAAAAAAAAAAAAAAAAAAAAAAUAUGUAUAUUUUUGCAUGAACUUUUGAAUGAAUUGAAUGCUGUUCAUCGCUUGUAUACAGUAUCGAGUUUAACGGUGGCCCACACUUUAUUUAAUUUAUCGUGGGGAAGAACAUGGAUACUAUUUAUAGUUCACGAUAACACACACUACUUUAUACAUCAGGCACAAGACGAUAUUUGCGUUGAAUUUUUAAAAGAGAGUGAGAAGCGAGAAGAACGAAAGAACGUGAGCGAUCAGAUAAGAAGUUAAAAUUAACGAGUUGUAUUAACAAGUUUUAAUAAUCAUGUUGCGAAAAAUUAAAUACAAACACUAGUUGGGGGACACAUAAUUAACAAAAAUAAAAAAAGUCGAAAAACUUUGCGCAGUUCCUUGGAAGGGAAGCGUCGUGCGAAAUGAAAACGUCGACUCGAUUUAUAUAACCCGUCAAAGAUGGGCCAGAAGCAACGGAUUCCAUCCAAAAACAGUGUUUUUUGUCCGACCAGCAGAUUUUCGGGCGUCGCUUCCUUCCGAGAUUUUCACUCGAGCUAUCUGUCUGUAUCAUAUAUUUACGGGAAAACAAUUGAAGAAAGAAAACGCAAAGGGCACAGCUAGUUCACUGCGAUUUGCGCGCGCAAAGUCGACGAGAAAGAGAGAACAAAGUAAAUUGAAAAAAA